AGGUAACCGCGCCCCAGCUGACACGGGCAUCCAGGGUUGACCUUUGCGGAGUGGUUGUGCUUCACUAGUCAUGGCUUCAACAGGCUUGCAGAUCUUUGGCAUCACGCUGGCGGUGAUCGGGUGGCUGGGCGACAUCGUGAUCUGUGCGCUGCCCCAAUGGAAAGUGACCGCGUUCAUCGGCAGCAACAUCGUCACCGCCCAGACGGUGUGGGAAGGGCUGUGGAUGGACUGCGUGGUGCAGAGCACCGGGCAGAUGCAGUGUAAGGUCUACGACUCUAUGCUGGCGCUCCCGCAGGACCUACAAGCCGCCCGAGCCCUUAUCGUCAUCUCCAUCCUGGUGGCAAUCUUCGGUAUCCUGCUGUCCAUCGCCGGGGGGCGCUGCACGAACUGCAUCGAGGAGGGACCGGCCAAGUCAAAGGUCGCCCUCGUAGCGGGCAUCUUCUUCAUCGGCAGCGGUAUCCUCUGCCUCAUACCCGUUUGCUGGUCAGCCAACACCACCAUCAGGGACUUCUACAACCCCAUGGUGACGGACGCUCAGAGGCGAGAGCUCGGCGCCUCGCUGUUCAUCGGCUGGGGGGCGUCGGGUCUCCUGCUCUUGGGCGGGGGGCUCCUCUGCUGCCAGUGUCCCCAGAAGGACAGCCGGCCGUACACAGCCAAGUACUCCGCCGCUCGGUCGAAUUCCGGAGCCUACGUCUAGGUGGACGGACUUGCGUGACUGAUCACCCACCCGCUGGGCCAAAACGGGUCGGGUUGCGUUUCCGUCGCUCUGGAAACUGCAUUUACUUUUUUAUACAUAUAUCGACUUGUAACUUUUUAGCCUAAUAAAUUUUUUUAACUUA